UAUCGACGCAGCAAAGAAGCGUGGGCAAACAGAAUCCCAGAUCUCAGAUCUCUGCUACUGACGCAGUGCCACAUAUCGAUCGGGCCAGCUUUUCAACUCUUCCUUGAAAUGAGAGCAUGUGUGCACUGUGAGUUAAAAUUCGGGCUUGUGAACACGGAACAUUUCUGUGACCUCAAGACCCCAGGAGCAUUGGAGCGGCGGUCACCCCAAGUCCACACGUCUAGGUUGGGCAGUGUUCUGCAUUGCUGAGAAAGGAGAGGAGCUUACUGAAGGAGGUUUUUGGUGGUGGUGCGCGAUGGGCAGUGAUGAUGAGAAGGAGGUGAAAAAGGAGAAGCGGAAGGUGGGCUUAGCACCAAUAGCGAAGCCUCUGGCGGGUAAAAAGCUGAGCAAGAAGUCGCUCAAGCUAGUAAAGAAAGCUGCCAAACAUAAGCAGUUGAAGCGAGGCGUUAAAGAGGUUGUAAAAGCAUUGCGGAAGGGAACCAAGGGGUUGGUACUGAUAGCGGGCGACAUUUCGCCCAUCGAUGUUAUCAGCCACGUUCCGAUCCUGUGUGAGGAACAAGAUGUUCCAUACUACUAUGUUCCAUCAAAAGAGGACCUUGGCACCGCAGGGCUCACGAAGCGCCCCACGAGUUGCAUGCUUAUCCUGCCGAAGCCACCAAAAGAGGAUGUGCCCGAAGAUGAAGCCACUCAAUUCAAGACGGAUUACAACGAGCUUCUAACGGAGGCAAAGAGCAUAGCUGUGGUGUUUUGAAUAGACGAGUCAACCUUGUACAUUACGAAAUCUACAUCUGUCUAGGUAUAAGCUUAGGAAGCAAUCUAAAAUGUUUGUCGCUUUGGCACGUAUGCAUUUUGCCUGAUACUGGUUUGACAGGCGGGCAGGCAGGCAUGCAUGUUGCAGUCAAGCUAGAAUUGUCGCCCAAAAUCCCGUCUGGUGCACCGGCCACGAUUUUGGUACAUGCGCAAAAUAUGGCAUUACCAUUUCGAGCAUGCACAAGUGGCAUUUCUAUAUUAGCAUUUGCGCGUAAAAGCAAUCAUUUGAUUAAGGUCCA